CGGGUAUGUCAUGGCGCUAACCUUAGCCUUUCUUGGCGGCUAUAAUCGGAAUACGGAUGCUAUUUCUGUACAAGGAAGCCGGCUAGUCCUUCCUUGGCUAUGCGAUGUUGAAGCAACGACAUCGUGGGUGCGACAACGGAGAUCAAGCAGCUCUUAGUAUCAUAGAGGUCAUGGAAAACUAUAAAGUCCUAUGAGUUUUCUGCCGGUUCUGGAAAAUAAUCUCAGUAGCUCUGCAGCGAAAGCCAUUUAUUCAUUCUUCUACUCUCUCAUUCCACCUCCACACCAAAAUGCACUUCUCUACUAUCAUCCCCUCCCUGUUCGCCGCUCUGGCUGCCGCUACUCCCUCGGGUAUGGCUGAGGGACGAAUUCUUCACAAGAGAGAUCGAUACUCCAACAAUUGGUGUGGCCAAGUCCUCAGCGGAAGCAACUUUACUGAAGUUGAUGCCACCUGGGUCAUGCCAAAGUCCACUCCCACCAAAACCAACUAUGCCAACCAGCCUAUUUAUAACUAUCAGUGGGUUGGAUUUGACGGUGCCUCUUCCAACUGCCAAACCAUUCUCCAGGCUGGUACCUACUACACGUUGACAAACAAUCAGCCGGCAUAUGGUUUCUGGUAUGAGUUCUACCCUAGGGGCUCUUGGUUGCUUACUGAGCCGGCUGUGAACCCCGGUGACUCGGUCUAUGUCAAAGUGACGGCCACCUCGACUACCACCGGCAACGUCUACAUGAAAAAUCUUUCCACUGGUAAGGACUUUUCUUACGAUAUGGAAGCUCCUUCUGGUUCCCAGCUUUGCCAGUCGACUGCUGAAUGGAUCCAGGAUAACUCUGGCGGCGACCCCAACACAUUCGCCCCCUUCUCUACCUUCAGCUUCACCAAGGCUCAUGCUUCGGACGCCAGCGGUGCUAACUAUGGUCUGACUGGUUCUGAAAGAUGGAUCAUGGAGCCCGGCACGAAGGCGCUUUGCACAACCUCUGCCCUCACCAGCAACUCGGUCAAGAUCAGUUACACCGGCCCUACGAACUAAGAUGCUGUUGCAUGGUAACUUUCUGUCAAGCAAGCUACAAUAAUUGUAACAAUUAAAAAAAGUUGCUAAUAUUUUAUGGCCAUAUAAGCUAUGAAAUGGAUCUAGAGCGUAGAAGUAGCAUAGUCUUUCCUUUACAUAUACUCUAGCUUCUUUACAAUAUUUAUCCUUACCUGUUUUAGACUGCGUAGUUCACCACCAGCUUAAUACACGCCAUGAGGGUGUUCUUGUUGAUGCGUGCAGGGAGAUCCCCAAGAGGCAUAUAUAAUAAGGUUGCGUUUUCUUCACCACGUAGGAUAUCGCUUCCGCCUUCCGCAUCUUCGAGUGAGCCAGAUGCCUCCGGGCCGACGGACCAGUCCUCGGCAAUGUUCCAAUAGCUGAGUCUGAAAGCUCCUGUCCGCCUCUCGAAAGUCAGUGCGGAAUGAUAGAGAUUUGAAGAGUGCUGUAUCGUUAUUAAUGAAUGCACCGGGCUGCGGCGAUGGGAAGAUGCUGGCCGUGUAGUCGUCCAUUACACGGUAGCGCGUAGGUUGGCGCAUGAUGGCCUUGAGGAUAAUGUCUGAGGAGGUGGGAUACGCAGUUGUUAGGGUAGAUAAAUCUGAACCCAAAGAAGAUGCGGCUGCUCGCGCCUCCUCCGCAAUUUAAACAUCAGGAAGUAGAUCUAGCUCUUCAUAGAGCGUGGCAUAUCCCGCAACCGCACACGCCCUGCCCACCUGGUAUCGAAGACCCGGGUACCGCUUCGCCACGGCACGAUAGGUGUCUUCAGAAGCGAUAUCUGGAUAACAAAUGCUGUAUGGAGGCGCCGAGGGGAAACUGGCUUCAGGGAUAUCGGGUACGGUGUUGCUCAUAAUGAGACGGGCAUAGUAAGCUCGUGCCAGCGCGGGGUCGGUGCCUGGCGAAGUGCACAGCAAGACCACAUCAGGCCGCGGGCCAUAUUCGAGGCGGCGCCGGACAGAGGAAAUGAAACAGAGGUGGGUUGGAUUAAGCUCAUUAUAGCCCUUGGUCUUGGUGCAUUGUGAAGCGGUGGGCACGGCAGUGCCAGCGAGGAUAUCGAGGCAGAGCUGGUCUGCUUCUGGAACGACAUCACCAUCGUCAUGGGACAUGAUGCCGCGGGAUUGAUGUGAAAAGAUGGGCAGUGACGUAAUGUGAGGUGAGGCGAUUUCAAGAUGGUGAAACUAAUGAGGUAAGGUUAUGCAUGGUGAUGCCGGGAGUCUUAC